GGCAAACAUUUAUGGAUGGAGGGGUACGUUUUUUUGCAAUUUUACCCUCAACAUUGACAGCAAAAUUUGCACAUACAAACUUUUGAAACGCUCGGUCUCUUGACUCUCUUCCCUUCGCUGUGAAAUUCCACUGAAAAUUUAACCUUUCGAGUUCGAAAGCUCCAUCGCCUCAAUCAAACGUUGAACUUCAUCAAACCUCCAGGAGAGAGAAAAUCUGUCUUGGAGAAACAAAUAUGCUACAAUGCAUAUUCAUCUUAUCAGAUUCCGGGGAGGUUAUGCUGGAGAAACAGCUAAUCGGCCACCGGGUUGAUCGGUCAAUAUGUGAUUGGUUCUGGGAUCAAGUCAGUUCUCAAGGUGAUUCAUCUAAGAUUCCGCCUGUAAUUGCUUCUCCAACGCAUUACAUUUUCCACAUUCUUCGUGAUGGGAUCAUAUUUUUAGCUUGUGCUCAAGUUGAAAUGCCUCCUUUGAUGGCAAUUGAGUUUCUUUGCAGAGCAGCUGAUGUACUUUCAGACUAUCUUGGAGGACUGAACGAAGACAUAAUUAAAGACAACUUUGUUAUUGUGUAUGAGCUUCUUGAUGAGAUGAUCGAUAAUGGAUUUCCUCUUACAACAGAGCCUAACAUCUUGCGAGAGAUGAUUGCCCCCCCAAACAUUAUUAGCAAAGUAUUGAGUGUUGUGACUGGUAAUAGCUCCAAUGUAAGUAGCACUCUCCCAGGUGCAACAGCAUCAUGUGUGCCGUGGAGGACAACAGAACUUAAGCAUUCAAGCAACGAAGUGUAUGUUGAUCUUGUUGAAGAAUUGGAUGCUAUUAUAAACAGGGAUGGAGCUCUUGUUAAGUGUGAGGUUUAUGGUGAGGUUCAAGUUACUUGCCAUCUUUCUGGUGUACCUGAAUUAACAUUAUCAUUUGCAAAUCCCAGUAUCCUAAAUGACGUGAGGUUUCAUCCUUGUGUCCGGUUUCGACCAUGGGAAUCACAACAAAUACUGUCAUUUGUGCCACCUGAUGGACAAUUUAAGCUUAUGAGUUACAGGGUUAAAAAGUUGAAGAGCACCCCAAUAUAUGUCAAACCACAGUUUACUUCAGAUUCUGGUUCAUGUCGUGUCAGUGUUAUGGUUGGACUACGGCAUGAUCCUGGAAAGACAAUAGAUUCUAUAACAGUGCAGUUUCAACUUCCCUCUUGUGUGGUAUCUUCUGAUCUGAUUGCAAAUCAUGGAACAGUUGACAUCCUUGCUAACAAGGUAUGUUCUUGGUCUAUUGGUGGAAUACCAAAGGACAAAGCCCCUUCUUUGACGGGAACAUUAAAGCUCGAAGCAGGCUUUGAGAAGCUUCAUGUAUUCCCAACAUUUGAAGCAGGGUUCCGUAUUAUGGGUGUUGCUCUUUCGGGCUUGAAAAUAGAUAAACUCGAAGUAAAGAAUGUAACAAAUCGGGCUUACAAGGGUUUCAGAGCUCUAACUCGAGCAGGGGAGUAUCAAGUGAGGUCGUAAAGUUGAAAGUUCAGAAUCUGUCACUGGCCCUUUUCAUUGGUCUUUUCGAAACUAUGCAGAAAAGAGGGUGUUUCCUCUUUGAAGCUUUGCAGAAAUCAGGGUGUUUUCUUGUAUUCCAAACAUGUAGGGAAUUGCAUUACCCUGUGUGACUCUUUGUAAAUUUAUGUAAGCCAUGUUGAGGCCUUUUGGUGUGUAAUAGAGUAGUUGAUUUGUUUAUUUAUGAGAAAUUUGUAUCAGUCUGUAAAAUUUCAGAAGGAAAUAGAGAUCCGAAGAGGUAGAAACAAAAUUCAAGUUUUGGACUCUCUUCAGUUACCAGUUUA